AUGUCCAAAGCAGCAGCUUCACCAGUCGUCCUUAUACUUGGCGCAGGUGCCAACAUUGGUGCCCAUGUCGCUCGCUCCUUUGCAGCAAAAGGGUACCGUGUCGCUUUAACGUCGAGGACUUCUCGAGCUCAGGAGACGACCGAUGACGGAGACCUUCACCUCCAAGGCGAUCUCGCAGACCCUGGGUCCGUCGCUGGCAUCUUUGCGAAAGUACAAGAUCUUCUCGGUCUGCCUAGCGUGGUGGUCUAUAAUGCUGCAAUGGCCACUCCGAACCCACCACAAGAUCCACUCUCGGUCUCUAUCCCCGUCCUCAGCCGUGACCUCAACGUCAAUACUCUCAGCGUCCUGGCUGCUGCCCAUGAAGCAGUUCUAUCCUUUGAAAAGCUACCCCCAAGUGCCUCACGCACCUUCAUCUACACGGGUAACAGGCUCAACAUCGCUCCGAUCUUGUCGCUCCUCAGUUUGGGCAUAGGAAAAUCCGCUACGGCGCACAUAAUCUCCUCGGCUUCACUGGCGUACAAAGAUAAAGGCUAUAGAUUCUACUAUGCUGACGAGCGGACGUCUGAGGGAUCACCAGUUGGAGGAGCAGUUGAUGGAAGCGCACAUGGGGAGUUCUAUGUGAAUCUGGCUGAAAGUGAGACGCAGGGUCCUUGGUUAGCGACCUUUGUGAAGGGGAGUGGCUAUGUGAAGUUUUUGUAG